AUGUGGCUUCUCGUUGACAGCACAACAACGCUUCCGCUCUUUGGGUUUGCUAGCUUGGAUUUGCCCAGCAGUGCCGCGGUGCAUGCCGGGGCGGAGGUGGACAGCUGCCUUCAGUUUGUGGAGGACCGACGUCAGUGUUUGAGUAGCUCAGGGGGGAAGAUGGCGGAGGCUGCGGCUGUUCCACCGCAUCGGUUUUUCUGUCACUGUUGUAAGGGAGAAGUGAACCCCAAACUCCCGGAGUACAUCUGUCCAAGAUGUGAUUCAGGGUUCAUAGAGGAAGUCACAGAAGACUCCAGUCUCCUAGAGGGUGGCGCUAAUGGGAUAGAUGACACAGCCACACACUUUGCAGAGCUAUGGCACCUUUUGUUGCUGGAGCGGCCAUUUACAGACGGUGACACGCCUGACUCAGAACCUCGGCUCCCUGGAGGCCGUUUGGGGGGUCUCAGUGACCUGGGGGGAUUGGGAGGGGGACCAAUUGGGGGGUCAGUCCCAGCAGGCCUAGGGGGACCCAUGGGGGGUUUACUAGGAACUGGCGACCACUGGGGACCAGGACGUCCCCCUCGCCUUCACAGCCAGAGGAGAUACCGGUCCAGAGGUAGCAGUAGGCCAGACCGCUCACCUGCUGUGGAGGGGAUUGUACAACAGUUUCUUACUGGUCUCUUUGCCAGUUCUGGGGUCCCUGGCUCACCUCCCCUCUCAUGGACGGGGAUGCUGCACUCUAACCCCGGGGAUUACGCCUGGGGACAGGGAGGGUUAGACGCUGUGAUAACACAGUUACUAGGGCAGCUGGAGAACGCAGGACCUCCUCCAGCAGAGAAAGAGAAGAUCUCUUCUCUCCCAACUGUCAGUAUCUCUCAGGAACAAGCAGACUGCUGUAUGGAAUGUCCGGUGUGCAAAGAGGACUUCACAGUGGGAGAGCCAGUCAGACAGCUACCAUGUAACCACUUCUUUCAUUCAGACUGUAUAGUACCAUGGCUGGAAAUGCAUGACACAUGUCCAGUGUGUAGGAAGAGUUUGAACGGAGAAGACAGCAGCAGCAGCCAGCCCCCUUCAGAGUCCCCCUCCCUCUCCAUGGACCCCCGCACACAGGAGAGAUGGUCCUUCUGAGACGCCCACCUGUCUCAUCCCUCGGUUCUCCCCGCCUACAUCCAACAACGCACUGAGAAGGCGAAAUGCUUCUCACUUUCCUCUUUUCAUCUCUGUUGCCGUCAUAAUCAUCUCGGUCUGAUAUUUGAUAUGGUUCUUUUUUUGUUGUUGUUGUUUGUUUUUUUUUGUAUUUUUUAUUUUCUAUUUUAAUGCCUUUUUCAUCAACCAUGUAUGCAGAUACUCGUACAGACGUCUUAACAGUCACUUGAGGUCUCGGAUUCUUUUUUUUUUUUUUUUUUUGCCUAAUAACAAACCAGCCUAGAUUGAUGAUCAAGACCAUGUUUUCUCUUCUUUCAAACUUCUAUUCUCUCUCUUGAAAUGCACUGCUGCGAUACACUAUUGUGAGGAAAUGCCAAACUUUUUAUCAUACAUAUCCUCUUUACUCAUCAGCAAAUUAACUGAGUCCUGCAACUGAGCCCUGUAUGGCAUAUUUGAAUACUAAAGUGGUUACUUUCACUCUUGGUGUUUACUGGGACUGGAUCUGACAACAUGAACACCUUUACACCUGCAAUAAAUGUCUUGUUAAUGAAGGGUAUAAUGUUUUACUUUUGGGUUUUCACUCUGGGUGGCUGCUGUUUAAUGUCCGUAAAUGGAAGCUGUCUUAUAGGGUGAAAGCAAAGGAGUUUUUACGCCUUCCAGAACUGUUCCGCAUCUGAGAAAAAAAAAAACAAAAUUAAAAAAUCAAACAUCAUCACAGCGAAAUUUAAAAAUUACAGCAUUCGGUCCGUUACGUAAUGCUUAAGAUUUAAAAAUACUCCUCAUGGUGUAUAUAUUAUGAAACAGAUGGCAUCCCUCUGUCAUUUUAUUCCUUCUGUUUAUGUUUCCCCCCCACAUUUUUAUCAUUUUUUGAUGUAAAUAAUUUUAGUCCAACAACUUAUGGUUUGCAAAAGGAAAAAAAAAAACAUUGAGAAUGGAGACACAAAUGUGAAAUACCCGGCUAUCGACCUGUAUAUUAUAUAUAUGAAAAAAUGUCUAUGAUGUAUUAAUAAAUUGACAAGAAAAA